AUGCUCGCCUUUACAGUAUACUUCCACAUCUCAACAUCCGAGCAUCGGAGUUUCAGCAACGAGCGCACGUCCAACCGUGCCGUCCUAUUUACCGAGUCCAUCCCAGGGUGGUUCUACUUGAUCUUUGUGGUCUUCUUCCUCUUUCGAGGCAUCAUAUGGGCAUCCUCCAGUGGCAACAAUGUGGGCUACCACCCAAUCGAUAUGCUCAUCUACGACGCCCAGUCUCAAUAUGACGCCUACCUCCGCGACGCGGCUGCCGGCACGACUCUUGAUCAGGCGGUGGAGAACUACCGCAAGCGCUAUUCCAGAUAUCCGCCCCCUGGCUUUGAUCACUGGUAUAGAUACGCUACGGAGCGGGACACAGUCAUCAUCGACAGCUACGACAGCAUCCACCGCGACUUGGUGCCGUUCUGGUCGCUCUCGCCAGAAGAAGUACGGUACAGGACGAAACAGCUCUUGCAGAACCCGUGGCACAACGCAACUGGCAUCAGUGUCCGAGAUGGCAAGGCUGCUACCAGUACCCGGGUCGUCGACGACCAUUGGUCAACGAUGAGCAGCUUAGUUGACAUGAUUAGCGCGUUCUCCGAGUGGCUACCGGAUAUGGAUCUGGCUUUCAACAUCAACAAUGAGGGCAGGAUUGCUGUGCCAUGGGAAACUCAAGCACGAAAGCCGCAAAAGGCAGAGGCUGCCGGCGAAGUCUCCGCUCCACGACCCCAGUUUAGCACCAACCGAGCGGCGCAAUGGGAGCCACUCCCAAACUACAACACUGAAGAGCAAAAGAUGCAAGACCUGGGCUGGCAAUCCAUAUUCCAUUCUCACGGCAGCGCACACUGCCCGCCUGGCUCUCCGGCGCGCGAACAACGCAACUGGGAUCGUGGCAGCCUCUGUAGCAGUUGUGCUGCGCCGCAUUCCAUGGGACUCUUUCCCGCGAACUGGACCGAGCUGUCCGACGUAUGCCACCAGCCAGACUUGGCUGAGCUGCACGGCUUCUACAACUCACCCUCAGCCUUCAGGACGAGCUACGAGCUCCUGCCGCUCUUUUCGCAGUCGAAGGCUCCUGGCUUCGACGACAUUCUUUAG